GUACCACGAAAGGACAAAAAAUUCAAGAAUCUACGAGACAGUGAGGGCUUCCUUCUCAAGCACUUUGCCGGCCCACCCAAGGAGGCGAAAUCGUGGACAGUGAAGAAAAUUCAGUCGAAUGUCAUUGGCAAAAUCAACUUUAUCAGCGUUGGAACGAAGUUCAAGGAUCAGAUUAAUGAACUUAUUAAAAAACUCACAUUGUCCGGUACCAACUUCAUUCGCUGCGUCAAACCCAAUUCGUCAAUGGCUGAUCACCAGUUUAGUGGAGCACCUUGUCUGCUUCAGCUUCGAUUCUUUGGUUUGACCGAUGUUCUCAUGCUAAUGCAACAAGGUUUCCCCUCGAGGACCCAGUUCAGCAAUCUCUACUCUGCCUACAAGCCAAUCCUACCGAAGGAAUUGAAACGCCUUGAGCCCAGAUUGUUCUUCAAGGCCCUAUUCCAUGCGGUGGGAAUGAAUGAUGACGAUUACAAAUUUGGGGUCUCAAAGGUCUUCUUUCGGGCUGGAAAAUUUGCCGAAUUCGAUGAUAUACUUCGAAUGGAUCCGGACAAUCUUUCCAAGAUGAUUGAACUUGCUCGAAAAUGGAUUUUGGCUUACCGUUGGCGAAGAGCCAUUUAUACUGCUCUCAGCGUUAUUAAAUUGCAUAAGAAGAUUGUCUUGAGACAGAAAAGCGCGCUUACAAUUCAACGCUACCUUCGUGGUUGGUUGGUACGCAAACGAGUCGGCUAUUUCCUUCGAGUCAGGCGAGAACUUGCAAAGAUGACAAAGGAAUUGGGUGGAAUUCGGGAGGCCUACAAGAAUUUACCUCACUUUCAAAGCAAGGGCUAUGCUAAUGUUGACCAAGCAAUGUUUGAGAUUAAUGAACUGGAUAAACGUAUCCAGAGUAAAAUCCACGUUCUCAAACCCGACGAUUUACGGGCAAAUUUUGAGAGGGUGCAGGCCAAUGUGAGAGAUGUCAAAUCGGAGUUGGGUGUGCAUCAGGAGAUGGAGGAGGAGAGAAGACGCAAAGAACUGGAAAAAGAAAUUGAGCAGCCUGUAAUCAUACGACGAAAUGCUGGAAGUCUUCAAGCGGCCGCUCCUAUCAUUGCCAACGGUAACGGAGAUGCCCACAAAAAUGGACUAGGCAACGGUAAAAGUAUCAUGAGGGAUUCCUUGAUUGACAACGGACACAGUGAAAUCACUGAAGCCUUCCUAAUGAAACUCAACAAUAUGACCUUCAAGGAGGUUAAAUACCACAUGGAAUCCACAGAAUCCGACCUUGAGAGGAGAUGCUGUGAACGUGAACUAAAUCGUCGAUUCAUCGCUUUGAGAGACUUCAAGGAUAUUAAGCGCUUAAGUACCUCGAGUCGCUUGAAAUAA